UUUCUCUAUCAACUCAUCUUGUGACGUUUGUUCUCAUUCAUUAUCUCUUCAAAGCUUCUUCUAACUAACAAAUCCAAUAUUAAGAUGGAUCAAGCAGAGCUUUGCCGGAUAUUCCAAAUGUUCGACAAGAACGGCGACGGAAAAAUCACCAAACAAGAGCUGAAUGAUUCAUUGAAGAAUCUUGGAAUCUACAUCCCAGAGCAAGAGCUGGUGCAGAUGAUUGAGAAGAUUGAUCUCAACGGUGAUGGGUACGUGGACAGCGAGGAGUUUGGAGGGCUGUUCGAGACGAUCAUGGAGGAGAGAGAUGAGGAGGAGGACAUGAGAGAGGCUUUCAAUGUGUUUGAUCAGAACAGGGACGGGUUCAUCACGGUGGAAGAGCUGAGAUCUGUGUUAGCUUCCUUGGGGCUCAAGCAAGGAAGAACGCUAGAUGAAUGCAAGAGGAUGAUUGGCAAAGUUGAUGUUGAUGGAGAUGGGAUGGUGGAUUUCAAGGAGUUUAAGAAGAUGAUGAAAGCUGGUGGAUUUGCCGCCUUGUGAUCAAAACUUGUAAAAGAAGCCCAUUUUAGGGUUAGGGUUUGUGACCCAAAAUCAAAUCAUUGUUUUAUUCUUCGGAAUGAUUAGGGCAAAAACCUCGAAAGAGAAUUAAUAAAUGGAUUUGCAAAGAUAACAGAACUUU